UGGGAAGAUCCACAAGUUGUGCUAUAUGCUGUUCCAGUAAAUGUAAGUGAUAGUGGCUAUGUUCCAUGGUCACAGAGUGCCAGCAACAGCCCACGUGGAUCAUUUAUGCCACAGAGAUCUUCGGCAGCUGAGGCAGACCUUUCUUCUGCCAUGAUGGUGGACUACAUUCAUCAUGAACCUUCCAGUACAUACGCAGAGGCGGCGGAUAUAUUCAGCAGUAUUCUUCGUGGUAUUAUCCCUGGUGAGAAUCAGCCCAGAUCUUUUAAAAUUGAUCCCCCCGUCGCGGAUGUUGGCACAUUCGACGGAAUGGAUGCCUGUAUCUUGCAAAACCCAGAAAAUUUUGUUACAAAUGUGCCUUACCUUAAUCAACUUUUUUUGCGCUACGCGACGGUACUUGAAGGAUUAUGUAUUGCUGCCCUGAGGUACGUUCGUGUUCCGACAGACCCUUUAAACGCCAAGCAUGCUCAGUACAUUUCAGAACAGGCAUUAGAAUUUCUUAUGGUGUUCUUUAACGAGCUUACGAUACUCUCCGCUGCGCUGCGCCGUCUGUCACGCAGAGACUCAAAAACGAGUUCUUUUGCCUAUGGCGUUAAAAGGCAGGAAAAAGAGGAACAGUUGCAGGAUGACGAACUGGAGGAUAUAAGGAUGAUAGGCAAGGUAAUUAUGUGGCAUCGUAUGGCAGAGAUGCACGGAGCGUUUCAAUUAAGGACAAUGGUGCUUCAGAUGAAGUCUCUGGCGAAUCGGCGGUUUCGUUACCUAUCCGAAUCAUUAAGGGCUCUUGCUGAGGAGCAACCGAGUUUAAAAGGGGCUGAUUCUGUGGAAGAGUUACAACGCAUUCUGUUGGAUCUAAACCCUUGA